AAAGAAAACCGAUAUAACAUGUAUACAAGGUUGUGACAUUUAAAUACAUUGCAUAGUUUGUUCAACAGGUUAAACAAGUGAUUCUUUUGGAUUAUUUCAAAAAAUUUGGAUAAAAUAUGUCUAGUGACAAUAAGAAACCGGUAGUUUACAUUUCCCGGACAGAUUCAUUCAGCGCAUGUCAUCGUCUUCAUUCUAAAGAACUCUCGGCCGAAGAAAAUCAGAAAAUAUUUGGUAAAUGUAAUAAUCCAAACGGACAUGGUCAUAACUAUAAAGUCGAAGUGACUCUUCGUGGUCCUGUUGACCCUGUGACCGGAAUGGUGCUUAAUCUUACCGAUCUUAAAGCUUACAUGGAAAAAGCCUUUAUGUCAACACUUGAUCAUAAAAAUUUGGAUUUAGACGUGGACCACUUUAAAGAUAAAGUCAGUACAGCAGAGAAUAUUGCAGUGUAUAUUUGGGAGAGAAUGGCUGAACAACUUCAACCUGGACUUUUAUAUGAGGUCAAAGUGCAUGAAACUGAAAAGAAUAUCACUAUUUAUAGAGGCGAGCAGACGACAUGACGGGCCGGAAGUGAACAUUUAAUGCAUGUUUCAUUCAUGUUUUUUUCCAGACGCAAAGACAGGUCAAUGAUUUUACCCAUCUAGUCAAAUUAUAUUUUCUUAGAUGUCAAGUCUUGUUCAAAAUAAAAGUUGCCAUGACAAAAGAGUUUUUGCCUUCAAACGAUAAUUAAUCUUCAUAUAACAGUUCUGUGUGUGUGUUUUGUUUACUUUUCAUUAAAGCGCCAAUGAUUG